ACAAAAAAACGACCCAGCGAAGAAGCAACGGGCCCGAGCUACAGUAUGCUUUUUCUUGGUUCCCCAAGAGAUGCUGCUGCAUGGCUCAAAUAUUUUGAAUCCAAAGCUUUUGAGCAGCAAGAAGCUGCUAGAAAUGGGACUCGCAAGCCUGAUGCUUCUAUAGCCAGCAAGGGCCACCUUAGGCAAGUAUACACUUGCCUCCGCUCGAAGAAAUCGAGCAAGUCCCCCCGCUCGAGGAGCAACACAGGGAGUCCCCCACCGGCGGCGCCUUCAGCUGCUGCGGAUGCCGUUUCAACGGAAGGAUCUUCUUCGGCGGUCAACGGAGAAGGAAAGAUGAACGAUACUUCUCCCAAGUUGGUGGCAUUGAAGAAAACCGACAAUGGAAUUAAUGGAGCUGAUCAUCUUUUCACUAUUGAAAAAAGGUUUUCACAGCACUGGAAGGCAGCAAAUUCUUUGUUCCAGCGUUACAUUUUCAUGAAGAAGUUGCCUCAAACUUCAAACUACAAAUACAGUCAAAGUAAGAACCACAGGUAUUUUGGUUAUAUUGCGAGUGUGAAAGUUGAAGGGAUUGACAAAGUCAAUGUGAAUCACCCAUUGACAAGCCUAGAGUUUCUUGACCAGCCAGAUGGUGGUGCUAAUGCUCCUAACAUUAACAGUUUGAGGCAACUUCUUCAUGAAAAUGCAUUGCUUGAACAAAGUAAGUUAACAUUAUGUUCUCGAGUGGGAGAGUAUAAAGAACUUGGUUCUUCUGAAGCCUUUGUUGAGAGAUUGUUCGAAGAAAGUCUUUCAAAGCUAGAGGGAGAAGAAGCUGAUGGGGUCAAUAAUGAAAUGAAGGUUGAGGGACUAGGAAUGCCUCUGAAGUCCCUUAAAAAUAGAAAGAACUCAGAUGGAGGUAAGGCGAAAUGGAAAACUGAAAGAUUAACCGAUGGAGUGAAGAAUGUGAUAGAAACAACUGUUAAUGGAGGUAAGGAAGAAUGUUCAGAGGCAUUCCUACAAGCUCCAAGUUCCCAUCUCACAAAAGCGUCCCCAUCAGCUUGUAGUAAUAUUACACCUUCUAAUACAACUCCGCCCCUUGCUCCGGUAGCAUACAGCAUUUCUGUUCAAGACACACUCGACAUAUAUGUGAAACGAGCUUUGUAUUUCUUACAUCUCACGUGUGGUCCAUCAUAUCCAACCACUGCUUCAACAUACGUAAAUGUGGCUAUGAUGGAGGAAGAACUGGGUAAUGUGCACGUUGCUCUAAGAUAUCUUCAUAAAGCUCUGAAGUGCAACCAGAUGCUUCUUGGCCCAGACCAUAUUCAGACAGCCGCCAGUUACCACGCCAUUGCAAUUGCGCUCUCAUUGACGGAAGCAUAUCCUUUAAGUGUUCAACAUGAACAAACGAACUUACAAAUACUCCAGGCAAAGCUGGGACCAGAUGACCUUCGCACACAGGAUGCUGCUGCAUGGCUCGAAUAUUUUGAAUCCAAAGCUUUUGAGCAGCAAGAAGCUGCUAGAAAUGGGACUUGCAAGCCUGAUGCUUCUAUAGCCAGCAAGGGCCACCUUAGUGUAUCAGAUUUGCUCGACUACAUUAAUCCAAGCCAAGAUGCUAAAGGGAAAGAUGCUGCAGGAUCAAAGAGAAGAAAGUUACAUUGCAAAGGCAAAGGUGAAAUCCCUCCAAAACAAUCCAACCUCAAGAUAAUCGAGAAGAUGUUACAUUGUUAUUACAGAAUGAAGAAAUUGACAUCAUUGCAUAAUUCCCAAGUGUAUUGGUUGCCCAAGCUGGUCACUCAGUUUAUGCAG